GAUGCCACUGGGGGUCUCUGGUGGGGCGGUACUAACGACAAGUCAGGCGGCCAGCUGUGGCUAAACGAACACUAGCGGGCUUGUGAGCCAUCAGAAAAAUGCCGUAUUUUUCGCUAUUGGGUAGGACUUCACAUCAUGGAAUGUAAUGAACUUAUUCCACGGGGGGAAACUAUAUAUUAUAGCCAACGGACGUCUUUGUUGAGAAAUCGGACUGCCCCUGAGACUUGGAUGGAGGUGCAAGCCAGCGCCACGACCGAGGAGGUGUAGAACGGUUGGUCUACCCGUCUCAUCCUAAUUAUUAGCAUAGUGAGGAGCAACCGACCUGACCACCAUGCCUCCCAGACCGUCUUCUGGGGAACUAUGGGGCAUGCACUUGAUGCCCCCGAGCAUCCAGGUGGACUGCCUUCUCCCAAAUGGGAUGAUUCUGACAUUGGUGUGCACACGCGAGGCAACACUCAUCUCAGUCAAACACGAACUCUUCAAAGAGGCCAGGAAGUAUCCUCUCCACCACCUCCUACAAGAGGAGACCUCCUACAUCUUUGUCAGCGUUACCCAAGAGGCUGAGAGAGAGGAGUUCUACGACGAGACAAGGAGACUGUGCGACCUCAGGCUUUUUCAGGCCUUCCUGAAAGUCAUCGAACCAGUGGGCAACCGAGAGGAGAAAAUACUCAACCGAGAAAUUGGUUUUGCAAUAGGAAUGCCUAUAUGCGAGUUUGACCUGGUCAAGGACUCGGAAGUGCAGGACUUUAGAAGGAACAUAUUGAAUGUCUGCAAGGAGUCUGUGGACCUCCGAGACACUAAUGGACCCAUCAGUAGAGCGUUGUACGUCUACCCUCCCAAUGUAGAGUCGUCAGUAGAACUGCCCAAGCACAUCUUCAAUAAGCUUGACAAAGGUCAAAUCAUAGUGGUCAUCUGGGUCAUCGUGUCGCCGAGCAACGACAAGCAGAAGUACACCCUGAAGAUCAAUCACGACUGCGUGCCGGAGCAUGUGAUCGCAGAGGCCAUCCGCAAGAAGACGCGUAGCAUGCUGCUCUCUCACGAGCAGCUCAAGAUGUGUGUGCAGGAGUAUCAGGGAAAGUACAUCCUCAAGGUGUGUGGCUGUGACGAGUACCUGCUGGAGAAGUACCCCCUUAGCCAGUACAAGUACGUGAGGAGUUGCAUCAUGCUGGGGCGCAUGCCUAACCUCAUGCUAAUGGCCAAGGAUAGCCUUUACUCCCAGCUGCCCAUCGACACCUUUACCAUGCCCUCGUACGCCCGACGGAUUUCCACGGCAACGCCCUAUAUGAACGGCGAGACGGCCACCAAGUCCCUGUGGACCAUCAACGGCACUCUGAGGAUCAGGAUACUGUGCGCAACCUAUGUCAAUGUAAACAUCAGGGACAUUGACAAGAUCUAUGUCCGGACUGGGAUCUACCACGGUGGGGAGCAGCUGUGUGACAAUGUGAACACUCAGCGCGUGCCAUGCUCAAAUCCCAGGUGGAAUGAGUGGCUGAACUACGACAUGUACAUUCCAGACAUCCCACGUGCCGCCCGCCUCUGUCUGUCCAUCUGCUCUGUGAAAGGGAGGAAGGGGGCUAAAGAGGAGCAUUGUCCACUAGCCUGGGGCAACAUCAAUCUGUUUGACUACACCCACACUCUAGUGGCCGGGAAGAUGGCCCUCAACCUGUGGCCUGUGCCCCAUGGCCUGGAAGACCUGCUCAAUGCCAUCGGAGUCACUGGCUCCAAUCCAAACAAGGAAACCCCUUGCCUGGAGCUGGAGUUUGAUCACUUCAGUAACCCGGUCAAGUUCCCCGACAUGCCGGCCAUCGAGGAGCACGCCAACUGUAACAUAUCCCGGGAGCUGGGCUUCAACUACUGCCACACCGGUUUGAGUAACAGACUGGCGAGGGACAACCCCCUGACGGACAGUGACAAUGAACAGCUGCGCUUGGUGUGUAACAGAGACCCACUGUCUGAAAUCACUGAGCAGGAGAAGGACUUCCUGUGGAGGCACAGACAUUACUGCGGCACUAUCCCAGAGAUACUUCCCAAGAUUCUCCUGGCAGUGAAAUGGAACUCCAGAGAUGAGGUUGCACAGAUGUAUUGCCUUCUGAAGGACUGGCCAGCCAUAAAGCCAGAACAAGCCAUGGAGUUGCUGGACUGCAACUUCCCCGAUCCCAUGAUUCGAGACUUUGCCGUGAAGUGCCUUGAGAAAUACUUAACAGACGACAGACUCUCUCAAUACCUCAUCCAGCUGGUCCAGGUUCUUAAGUACGAACAGUACCUCGACAACCCGCUGGCCCGCUUCCUGCUGAAGAAGGCUUUGACCAAUCAGCGGAUAGGACAUUUCUUCUUUUGGCAUCUCAAGUCGGAGAUGCACAACAAGACUGUGAGCCAGCGGUUUGGCCUGCUGCUGGAGUCCUACUGCCGGGCCUGUGGCAUGUACCUCAAGCACCUGAGCAGACAGGUGGAGGCCAUGGAGAAACUCAUCAACCUUACCGACCUCCUCAAGCAGGAGAAGAAGGACGAGGCCCAGAAGGUUCAGAUGAAGUUCCUGGUGGAGCAGAUGAAACGGCCUGACUACAUGGAUGCCCUACAGAGCUUCACCUCUCCACUCAACCCAGCGCACCAGCUGGGAAACCUCCGCUUGGAAGAGUGCCGGAUGAUGUCAUCGGCCAAGCGGCCCCUGUGGCUCAAUUGGGAGAACCCCGACAUGAUGUCAGAGCUGCUCUUCCAGAGCAACGAGAUCAUAUUUAAAAAUGGAGAUGAUCUGAGGCAGGACAUGCUGACUUUGCAGAUCAUUAGAAUAAUGGAGAACAUCUGGCAGAACCAGGGCCUUGAUCUCAGGAUGCUGCCGUACGGCUGCCUGUCCAUCGGCGACUGCGUGGGCUUGAUAGAGGUGGUGAGAAACUCCCACACCAUCAUGCAGAUCCAGUGUAAAGGAGGCCUGAAGGGGGCGCUGCAGUUCAACAGCCACACACUGCACCAGUGGCUCAAGGACAAGAACAGGGGGGAGAUGUACGACCAGGCCAUUGACUUGUUCACACGGUCGUGUGCGGGCUACUGCGUAGCCACCUUCAUCCUGGGGAUCGGUGACAGACACAACAGCAACAUCAUGGUCAAAGAUGAUGGACAGCUAUUCCACAUAGACUUUGGCCAUUUCCUGGAUCACAAGAAGAAGAAGUUCGGCUACAAGCGAGAGCGGGUGCCCUUCGUCUUGACACAGGACUUCUUAAUCGUCAUCAGUAAAGGAACCCAGGAGUGCACCAAAACCAGGGAGUUUGAGAGGUUCCAGGAGAUGUGCUACAAGGCCUACCUGGCAAUCCGGCAACACGCCAACCUCUUCAUCAACUUGUUUUCCAUGAUGCUGGGCUCGGGGAUGCCCGAACUGCAGUCCUUCGACGACAUCGCUUACAUCCGCAAGACCCUGGCGCUGGACAAGACUGAGCAGGAGGCCCUGGACUACUUUAUGAAGCAGAUGAACGACGCCCACCACGGCGGCUGGACCACCAAGAUGGACUGGAUCUUCCACACAAUCCGCCAGCACGCCAUGAACUGAGAGGGGGCCAUCUGCCCGGAGAGUAGCAGCAAUGCAGAGAGGACAAGGGCGGAUCUCUACACCAUCCGCCUGGACUGUGUGUCAACGGAGAGACUAGAGCGGAUCUCUGCACCAUCCGCCAGCUAAGCAUGCCAUGAGCUGAGAUGGCAGAGCGGACAACGCUAGCGUCCACGGAUGGAGCUAUGAAUGGAUAGAAACCAUUUGCUGAAUUGAGAGGCUAGAACGGAUCGCUACAUCAUCUGCUAACUUCUGAGCUCUGAGGGAAAUGCACAUCUGUACACCAUCCACUAGGAGGCGCCAAAAGUGGAUAUUAGGGAUGCAUCGAUAGGGAAAUGACGGACUGAUGCGAUAAUCAUAUUUACUGGACCUUAUCUUUCUCAUAUUGGUAUGGCAAUAUAGCCACAGUUCUCUUUGUAAAAUUAGGGGAACAACCACGAUUGUAAACAGCCAUUUUGCAAAAGUUAUGUCAUUUUUAAGAUGAAAGCGAUCUAUUGUAUUAUCAGCCGAUACCGAUAUGAUGGCUGUUUUUUUUCCCUUCCUAUAUCAAAGCAUGCCCAGGGUCAUGUACUGCUAACACACCAGGAUACCGUGAAGACCUGCCCAGGGUCAGGUCCUGCUAACACACCAGGAUACCGUGAAGACCUGCCCAGGGUCAGGUCCUGCUAACACACCAGGAUACCGUGAAGACCUGCCCAGGGUCAGGUCCUGCUAACACACCAGGAUACCGUGAAGACCUGCCCAGGGUCAGGUCCUGCUAACACACCAGGAUACCGUGAAGACCUGCCCAGGGUCAUGUACUGCUAACACACAAGGAUACCGUGAAGACCUGCCCAGGGUCAUGUCCUGCUAACACACCAGGAUACCGUGAAGGCCUGCCCAGGGUCAUGUCCUGCUAACACACCAGGAUACCGUGAAGACCUGCCCAGGAUCAUAUCCUGCUAACACACCAGGAUACUGUGAAGGCCUGCCCUGCUAACACCAGGAUACCGUGAAGACCUGCCCAGGGUCAUGUCCUGCUAACACACCAGGAUACCGUGAAGACCUGCCCAGGGUCAUGUCCUGCUAACACACCAGGAUACCGUGAAGAUCUGCCCAGGGUCAUGUCCUGAUAACACACCAGGAUACCGUGAAGGGCGGCCCAGGGUCAUGUCCUGCUAACACACCAGGAUACCAUGAAGACCUGCCCAGGGUCAUAUCCUGCUAACACACCAGGAUACUGUGAAGGCCUGCCCUGCUAACACCAGGAUACCGUGAAGACCUGCCCAGGGUCAUGUCCUGCUAACACACCAGGAUACCGUGAAGACCUGCCCAGGGUCAUGUCCUGAUAACACACCAGGAUACUGUGAAGGCCUGCCCAGGUUCAUGUCCUGCUAACACACCAGGAUACCGUGAAGACCUGUCCAGGGUCAUGUCCUGCUAACACACCAGGAUACCGUGAAGGCCUGCCCAGGGUCAUGUCCUGCUAACACACCAGGAUACCGUGAAGGCCUGCCCAGGUUCAUGUCCUGCUAACACACCAGGAUACCGUGAAGGCCUGCCCAGGGCACGCAACGGAAAAUGGUUUGAUACGGAAAACAAAACAAAAAUUCUUAUUGGGCAAAUCUUGGCAGUCUCUUUCAAUCAUGUUUUCUUCCUCUUGGUGCCCAUUGAACACGACCCAGAAUACCACCAGCAUUGUUAAUUCCCAGUGAUGGAUGGUUGACAGACACUAGGAUGUCCUUUUCAUCGUCUGCUGUCAACUGUAAGAUUAGCGAGAGAACUGACAAAUCGUGUUUGAUCUCAAUUGACGAUCACACAUCGUGUGUGGUGUGUGUGUGUCAGUGUCAUCUCACCCCCCCCCCCCCCCGCCCCCGCAGAUGGAAACGGUCAUGUUUCGUGACCUCAAAGUUUGAGAUUUUGUACAGAAGUAUCCCAAUGGUCUUGUAUGCAUACAUUAUUCCUUUUUCGUCUUCAUUUUCUACUGAGCCAAAGUACUAUAUAUAUAUAUAUAUAUAUAUAUAUCUCCCCUACUACAUCUGACUUAUCAGUCUAACCAUGAGUCACUACUAUUCCAAUCCCUGUGUAUCUCCUUUGUAGCACUGAUCUCUACAGUAUUUGUUUGUUUGUCUAUCAGUAUUAUGAUGCGUGUGCAGCGUUCUGGAGUAAAAUGGCUGCCGUCCAGCACCCAGUUGGAUGCAACACAGAAGUUUACGAUGACCGACAGAAAAUUACUGUAGAUUUAUCCUGUAACUGUAAAUUCAUUGAAUUCAUCCUCUUCGUUUUGUUGUUUUUUCGGGUUGUAUUUUUAAAAGGGAAAUGGGGGCAAAAUGGAUGUGCAAUGUUAUAGUUCUGUUACACUAUGCAAUUUGUGAUCUUAAUGUACUGUACUGCAAAGUAGAGUCGAUGGGAGUAUCUAAUCAUAUACACAGCAUUAAAGAUGUCUAUCAACUGUACAGACGAGACAGUACACAGAAGACGAAUGCACAAUUAUGCACUGACGGUAUCACCGAUUUCUUCCCUCACAGGAUGACUCUGGAAGAACUGUUAAAAAAAACAUUUUUAAAGAGCCUCUUGUACCCUGCCUUACACUUUAGUUGUUUUUUCUUCAGAUCUAACCAGACAUUUUCAGAAAGCGUUUGGAGCGUUUUUUUUUGGUGACUUGGAAUUUGCUUCAUCCUAUAUUUUCAGAAUACAAGUAUGUAUAGAUUUGACCCUAUUCCAGACUUCCCCAGCAUUCUAUGUCAUAUGAACUCCCUAAUCAGUAAAGUUGUUUAAGAUCAAUAAAAUAAAAGUGUAACAGGUGAAUUUGUGGUUUUGCCUUCCCUGACAACUGCCCUUUUUUAAGUGUGGAUUCUGCAGUUUUCUUAUUGCAUAAAUAUACUUUUAUUAGUCAGUUGUUUGCCAGUUUUUACCAAAUUACAUGGUAUGUGUUUCUGUGCAGGUUACAGAUGGUUGGGCAGGUCCCAUUCAAAACAAGACAACUACAAUAACCGUAUUACAAACAAUAUGCAAGCGCUAUCAUAGAACAUUUUUCCUUUUAAUUGUUGUUGUGGUUAAAUGUCAUCCUUUUCUUUUCACUGUUAAUGCAUGAGGUCCCUGAAGAUACUUUGUUCAACCAAGUGUUGUUUACUUGAAGUUCAUGUUUUAAAUGACAUUUUGUUACUUGUGAGGUACAAUGUCAUCACACCAUGAAGAUAAGCAAUACUACCCUGGGGCCAGGGAAUAAUGUCUGGCACCCAUGAACUAUAUGUGUGUAAAUCGCUUUCCUUGAGUAACUACAGAGAUAAUAUAUUUUUGUAUUCUAAAUGUAGACUAACUCUCAAUACAAUCACUAAACAAAACAAAAAACUGGAAUUCUGCAUAGUACAUCAUUUCACACCCCACUAGACAGCUUGUAGUUAUUGAAAUAUGAGACACUAGUGAUGGACAACAUGAGCUUGAUAAGGAGGAGAAUGUAUCGAGUGGAAUUUCACUGAAGGUCUUCUGCUCUGGCUAGGAGCAGCAGUGUAAAAGCACAAUGAUGAAAAGCUAUCCUGCAUGUUUUCAAACCCACUAUUCAUGAGGUAUCUAUUCAUCCCUGUACUAUGCACUCAUCAUUCUUUCAAACUAAUUCAUAUACCAUGUCUGGAUAGAACCCUGUAUUCAUUCACUCAUUGUACUGUUUGCAAAAACCCAAAAAAUCUUUGCUCUGUAUCCCCAGAUAUUUUGAAAACCAAUAAAUGUCACUUCUAAUGAUCCA